AUUGAACAACAAACGAAGCGUGGACCCAGUAACAUCUACGGAAAACGCGAACGCUAAAUCGUGAGGAAAAAUUUCAUUAAAAAUAAAUUGUCAUAAAUUAUUCGGCAUGUCUUGCUCAUUUAACCGUCAAUGACCUGUAUUCCCAGUCGCUUACACAUAUCUGUUUGACACUCGUCAUUUCAAAAGGGAGACACAAGCGUAAUUUUUUUCACAGUACCAUAUAGCGAAGGGCGAAUAUAUGAGUGAUUACGAUAUACAGUAGUAAUAUUUUUUUUUUUUUGUAUAUGAUUAUUGCAAUAAUAUCACUGCUUAGAAGUACUAUGUAAUGCUUUCGUAAAGGACAAUUGUUCGGUUUUCAAUUAAUUAAGCUAAUGAAAUCAAUUGUACAGUUUUGGUAUUUAACUGCAAGUUAUUUCUUAAUCGGUCGGUUGAAGCAUAACUGUACAUACCUUAGUGUUAGCUACUGUUGGCGACAGCGUUAUAAGAAUGGAUGUGGCGAAAACAGUGCAGUCGAGUGGGGGCCCCGAAAACUUGCGAACUCGCUAAUAUAAAAAUAAUACAAACAUUAAAAAUUAAAAUGAAUAGUGAUAACUGUAUCUUACCAAUUCUCUUCGACUUAAUCUUUCUCUUUGUUACCGUCAGCGAACGACAAUCCUAGAAUGAACUUGGUUUCAUUUUAAUACUGGUCAGGUAAUUUCAGUAUUCCGUGCACACUAGCGUCAAAGGUGUACCUACAUAUGCAUCUAUUUUAUUUUUGUUUAGAAAUGUUGAUUCUUUCUACUCUAUUCAGGGCAAUAGCAUCGACAAAAAUAAUAAAAAGAGACCACUAAGCAUCUUGCAACGUUUCUCGGUUCUCAAUAAGUAUUAUAAUCAUGUGGCAUUAUUUUAACGACUACUUGCAUGGUCAAGCUCCUGUUUCGUGUCCCGCUAACGACAAAUAACUGGUACACAAAUUGUGCAGAUAAAGAAGAUGAUCCUGGUUUUAACAAGAUAACUUCCUUUUUUUCUCUACUUAUAGAUUGCUAACAUCCACGUUGAGAAUAUAGAAAUUGCGGAACAGAACAUAUUACAUAACCUAUGUGAACAAAGAACAGGUUGUAUGGGCAAGCUGCUUUUGAAAUAUGAGUGUUUUCGUGUAAGAAGUAUGGCCAGAAUCUGUGCAAUAUGGUUCGGCUGUUCGAUUGAUUUCUAUUGAUCACGCGUACAUGACAAAAAUAUUUCUGUUUUUAUUUGAUCGAUAUCACGGUAGUUCUAUUCUAAUUCGAUUUACCACACAGCACUUUAGCGAAGCUUCUAUGAAAAAAAUUCAAAGCUUCUGUUUUCGCGCGCUGCACCACGUGCGCAUAUGUUUGUUGUCUGCUAGUUGAUGAUCAUUGCCGUGGUGGUGUUCCUUCGCUUUGGUAAACCAACUCAGCAAGCGCGUGCAUUCUCGUGAUUUGCUCUCUCUGCGACGUACACUGCAAUUCCGAUGGCCGACGAAGUAAAUCCUAAGGCCUAUCCGUUGGCCGAUCCCGAUCUGUCCACGAAAAUUCUCAAUCUCGUGCAGCAGGCCACAAACUACAAACAAAUCCGUAAGGGAGCGAAUGAGGCGACAAAAACCUUAAACAGAGGCAUUUCAGAAAUGAUCAUCAUGUCGGCAGACGCUAAUCCCAUUGAAAUUCUUCUCCACUUGCCGCUCCUCUGCGAAGAUAAGAACGUGCCAUACGUGUUUGUGCCGUCAAAGACUGCCCUGGGUCGUGCCUGUGGUGUUUCGCGUUCUGUAAUCGCCGUGUCUGUUACGACAAACGAAGGUUCACAGUUGAAGCCUCAGGUUGAAGCUCUGCGCGGCGAAGUCGAGAAACUUCUUGUGUAAAAACUGUCCAAAGGCAACAAGCCUUUGUGUAUAAAUCAAUGAGAAAAGAAGCAUGUACAAAGUGUGAAACUCGUGUCAGCUGCCAGAAAACAUUACAUGGAGGCCGGGGGUAGAAGGGCUGUUAAUUACUGAACGUAUUCAUUGAGUCAAAUUAACCAUUGUUCAGCUAGCACACCUGUUCAGUAUUCGAGCCGUGGUGGUCAUUGGCGGAACGCGUAGUCCGAAACUUGAUGUGUAGAAGCUAUUUUUGCAGCUAAUAGUUAGUUAUGUGCGGAACUAUAUAGAACCAGGAGACAGCGUUAGUUUUUCGGUAUUUUGUGUACUCAAUAUUAAUCUUUAUGUUCAAAAUAAACAUUUGUACCAAGGAAAUGGGAAAAAAUGCAUGAUUUCCGGCUUUGAGCGGGUUACUGUUGGCAAUGAUAAGCUGCGAGGCUAAUGGAACCAGACGGUCAUCCUGAGAACGUAUUCAGGGAAGGAUGUAUAACUUCAGAUAAAUAAAGCACUUGGUUGUUAAGUA